AGUUGACGGUCUACACGAGGCAGACUGUAAGAUGGAUAGGUACGAGUUAAGUAAGAGCCGUAGAGCCUUGAUUCUUUGCGACAUGAAGAGACGUGGAGCCGAACACGAUGUUCAACGGAUGGAAGUGCUCUUCAAAAGGAAUGGCUUUCGUCACACGGCGGUUAACGCCCUUAAUCAAAAAGUAAGUUUCAUUAUAGCAUAGUAUCAUUAGUAUUCAUGUUAUUUACGCAGCGAUAGGCUAUAGAGCAAUGGUGUAUUAUUAACAAUAUGCAGUGAGCUGUAUUACAUUUUAGUUGGUUAUUUACACAAUUGGCAUAUAAUAUUAUUGGUCUACAGUCUACAGUAGAGUAAAGGGUGUGGGAAUAGUAAGAAAAACCUUAUGAAACAAUCGUAUUCACAAAGGAUCAUGGUUAAACAGCCAUUUAUUGUUGUGAAAUCAAUUACAAUGAAACUGAAAGUAGUCAAGUUUAUACCUGACAUUGUUACUGUAACUUGGAACAACUGCAUCGCUAUGCCAUCACAACACUGCACCUAAUAUGCAAAUAUGGCAGAUCAGGGUGUUGGGUCAAAGACGUUUACACAGAUCAGACACGGACAGAGUAGCUCGGUUUCAAGGGUGUUUAUUAAUAAAGUAAUCCAAAUAAAAGAUUAGGUCUCCCCCCCCAUGAGACCCUCUCCAGGAUACCGUCUCCAACUACACAGAAUUUACCUUCCUUCCCCCAUGUGCUGCCCGUCUGGCCUACUUUAUGGGCCUUCCACAGCUGGUGAGCAAUCCGCCCUUAAUUACUCACCAGCUCCCAAUCAGCCCCAAUUAGUCCUGUCCGGGAAGCCAGUCGAGACCUGGCACGUCCAGCAGAUGGAGCCACCGCCUCGUGAUGUAUAUUCCAUCUGUUACCAGGCCUCGACAAGUCUCCCCCUGGUGGCUGACCUGCCGUACGCCACAGCUAGAAAUGCAAGAAUUCAUGUUUAAAAAAUAAAUCCAUGUGUUGACAAAUUCUACUUCCAUGCUGUAUGUUGCGUUCAUUUCAGGAGGUGAUGACUGCAUUCAGGACAUUUAGAGACGAACUGCCAUGCGAUGUCAGUUGCCUCAUGGUCGUGAUCAUGUGUCAUGGUAGAUUAGGACACAUCUCUGUGUCUAAUGGGGAGGAGAUCGAGCUGGAGGAAAUCUACCAGAUGUUUAACAACCGCCUGUGCCCAGCCCUCCGCGAGAAACCAAAGCUCUUCGUUGUGCAAGCCUGUAGGGGAGGUACGUAAGCCUACGGCUGUAUGAGUUUCUGUGUCACGUUUAAUGACAAUUGAAUUUUUUAUUUUUAUGUAAAUGAACUGCUUUUAUUUUCAGUGAAGGAGCAUCCCAAACACCCUUACAUGGAUGGAAGUAAACAAUCUGGUCCUUCGACGUCAAAGUUGCUUCCCACAGAGUCUGACAUCAUGGUUGUGUAUGCCGUGUGUCCAGGUAUAAAUUCCUUUCCUAUAGCAUGGUAGUUGAUUCUUUAUAUUGGACUAACCUAAUUCUCUCUUGGUUCAAAUUUGGCCUCUCUUUUCCUCAAUUUCAUAUUUUUUCUAUUGUAGAAAAACUGGCGAUUAGACACCAGGACUAUGGAUGCCCACUGUUUGUGGAGAUGGAGAAGGUGUUUGUGGACUUUUCGACUUCCCGCCACAUGUACGAGCUCUUUACUAAGGUUAGUAUAUAUCUGCAAAACAUUCCCUUGAGUUGUGCCUGUGUACAGCGUAUUAUAAUUUUCUUCCUGCGAUUUGUUUCAGGUCAACGGAAGUCUGGACAGAAGAGUUGAAAAGCAAGGAUUCACAUUUGAUAGGGAGGCACCACGUAGAGAAGCCAAAAAAGACCAACUGACACUCCUUGAUCCAGCAAUUGUGAGUGACAUAGGACGCUCUCUUCAUAUCGUGAGCUCUCUGACCAAAAAGUGGUACCUU